AAUCUAUUUUAUUCCUUAAAUACCUAUUUGGAUUUACAUAUCUAUUUGUUAUCUGAACUGACAAGAUAAGUACGCACACUAAUAAGUAAUAACACUGAUAAGAAACGUAGCUGGGCAAGAUAAGUUGAUAAAUGAUAGCCAUAAGUGGGUAUGACUUAUGUGAAAAAUAUUAUGCAUCAGACAACAAGAAAUGAAUAUGGAUUCUAACAGUGGUGCCAAUCGUGAACAAAGUGAUCCCUCGAGGGCAGAGAUCAACGUACACAUGGAAACAGUGGGAUACCAUAGAGACCUACCUCCGCCAUACACUGUGGAAGAUGUGCAGCCUCAGGCGGUUAUCAGGCAAACCAUAAUUAUACAACCUCCACUAAAAGACACUCCUAUGUUUUUCCCUUGCAGCAAAUGCUAUAAAAGAGUACUGACUAAAGUGGAAUACGUAAAUACUAGGAAAACACACAUGAUGGCUGGUUUUAUCUUCGGAUUUACGUGUUGGUGCGGUUUGUGCUGCUUUGCGGCUCUACCUUAUUUAAUACCAACAUUUAAAAGGGUCAAGCACUAUUGUCCCGAAUGCAACACAUACCUAGGUGAUUAUUCUAAGGUAUAAGGCAUAAACAUCCACGCAAAAAAAUUUUUCCUUAAUGAAGCAAUUAUCAACACCACGAGAAGCUGUUUUACA